AGGCGGAAUCCAUCUGGGAUGUACCACAUGCUUCUCCCUCCUCGCCAUACUGCACCUCUAUCACUCUUCCGCUAACCACCAUAUUGCGACUACGACCUCUUCAUGGUCCUAUCGAUAACAGUCAAACGACCCGUUCUGCUCUAUACCGCAGCCCUCGCUCUCGUCCUCUUCCUAGCCUACAACUACCAGCCAAUCUUACGCCGAUCAUCAUUCCGUCAACACAAUAUGACCCCUUGGUCUUCAAAGUAUGAAGGCUGGCAUGGUCGAGCGACAUUCCAUCCGUCACCCGAGACAUUCACACCUACACGAGAGAUACUCGCCUUUGCAGUGCUUCACCAUGCACCUGCCAUUCCAGAUGGAUUCACUUUGGCUCUCUUCAAGCCAGAUGUCGCUGUCGACGCCAGGGGCAAAGUGUUGAUUUUGAACCCAGACGACUUCACCGGGCUGUCAGAUCUGGCUAGGCAGACCCUUGACUUACCCUCAACGGGUUCGUUCAUGAACGCAUGGCGGAUUGCACAGCGGCGAACAGAUCAGCCCAUAGAACGGUUGUUUGUCCCUGGGUCUACGACUGCGCUUGUAGAGACGAGUGUGCAGGGGUAUGAGAAGGGAAAGACGGAGUUGAAGACGCCUGUCGGGGACAUUCAUGAAUUACCGGAAGUGUUGCACGAGUUGUUUGGAUUGAUUGCUGAGGCGAGGGAUGGCUAUGAAAGAGGGAAAGAGGACGAGGAUACGAUAUCGAAAGUGAAGGCAGUUUUGGGGGAUGUAUGAGGUAUAGUGUGAUGUCAUGGGAAAGAUGGCCGCGAACAACGGCAGGCAGUAAUACACUAUGUAGUGCAUAAAAUAGAAGUGUCCAUUCACAAUCCCGUGUAUUUUUUUGUCAGGUUGGUCGUACAGAUCGACGCUAAGAAACAUUUAGAAGUAUCUGGG